GCAAUGGCGUUUGCGUGUGCUUCAAUUUAUCGUGUUGGUAACUUGUAAACAUUGGCGUGUGCUGCUGUACUGCCUUCCCAAUUUUAGACGAGUUUUUAGAAAUUGGGAAUAAGCGCUGUAUAGCGCGUGGCUUCCACAUGCUAAAGGAAAUUCAAAUGGGCCUUCGGGCAUGUGUACUGUUGGCGUCUAAGAUUUGCCAGUUCAUUUGCUAUGUACUUCGGAAAAGCGUGCGGGCGGCUAUACAGCACCAAACCGUGCGCUAUGAGCUUAUACCACUCUCACCUAUGUCAAAACACAGACUAAGUAUAGUACGUAGGAAAGUGCUGGUUCUUGACUUGGACGAAACAUUAAUACACUCGUACCACGACGGGGUGUUACGUCCGACAGUUAAACCUGGAACACCGCCUGAUUUCGUCAUUAAGGUGAUAAUAGACAGGCACCCAGUUCGAUUCUUCGUACAUAAGAGGCCACAUGUAGACUUCUUCUUAGAAAUAGUGAGUCAGUGGUACGACCUCGUCAUCUUCACGGCAAGCAUGGAGAUCUACGGCGCGGCGGUCACUGACAAGCUGGACAACAAGCGUGGCAUUCUGCGGAGAAGAUACUACAGACAGCAUUGCACGCUAGAGUUUGGAAGCUACACUAAAGACUUGUCUGCGCUUCACGGCGACCUAUCCAGUAUAUUUAUACUUGACAACUCGCCUGCUGCUUAUAGAUCAUUUCCAGAUAAUGCCGUGCCGAUAAAGUCGUGGUUCUAUGAUCCGACAGACACGGCUCUCCUCAACAUGCUACCGGUGCUUGAUGCACUGCGCUUUGUGGGAGACGUACGAUCCGUGCUCAGUAGAAACCUACACCUACACCGGUUAUGGUAGGGGACACACAGAUGGCAUAGGUGUCACAAGAUGGUUCGCCUCUGUGUCUAGGAGCAAAUGAGGAAAAGGUGUUCCCUGUAAAUAGCUCACAUUUUUUUAUACGUCACUGUAAGUAAUACCGCACCAUGAGGCACUCCACGUGAGAGAGAGAGGAGAGAGAGAGAGAGAGAGAAGAUCAACGACAACCGGUGAUCGUGAACAACGUGGCGUCGACUCGCACCGAUCGAUCGGCAGCAAAGAUCGCCGCCGCCGCCUCCUGCCUGGUGCUGCCAUCUGGUGGCCAAUUUACACGUUAUAGUCUUGUACAGGUGAUUGCGAUGAGUUUACGGAUUGCAGCUGAAUCAUGUACUGCCAUAUUUGGUCUUAGGUGAUCGCCAGGGUUCGUGUGUAACAGCUGAGCUUGUUUGGAGUCUUGUAGCGUCGUUGCCAGAUCUACCUGUGAUACACCGAAACGACGCAUAGAGUAACUACGGUGUUUGCAUCUGACUUCUGUCCCGCGACGGUCUCCUUGAGAAAGUAACAGCACGACAUUGAACCAAGUUAUCCUAACCAGGCUACGCCUGCACGCUCAAGGCAGUGAGCACUGCGCGUUUCAGCAGCUCAAGUUUACUGUUUAUUUCUUCUGCAUAUCUAGUUCCGGUUUAAUCGGGAUCUUUUCGUCUAUUGUUUAUUUUCGCUCUUGCUUUUGAUUUUACUAGCAUUUUCUCUGGUACACGACUCUUUUGGCGUAAACGUGGAAAGUUUGUUCAGCGGCAUUGUGCGUGGCUGCAAGUGUCUCUAUGGUGAAAAUUCGGUGACGGUUGUCGGUAACUUGUAAAAUCUAUGUUGCGCCUCAAAGGCAACAGACUACCAAUAACCAAUUUAUCUUAGUCGCCACAUUGAUAGAUCAUGGGAAAAAAUCGGGAGGAUUUAAAGUUGUUGUUUCAUUUCUGCUUCGUUAAGUACUGCUCAAAUUCACGGAGUAAGAUGGUGAUAGUUGUGAUUGUCACUGUGCAACACUGUCAUUGUAUUGUGGUGUCAGCUGGUAGGAAAUUUACAUUUUGUUUUGAGUAUUUGCUCGUUGAGCCUAUUUGCUUGUAGGCGGUGAAGACAACAAUAUACAAAAUGCAAUAUAUAUUUUGCCCCAGCACAGAGAAGCAUUACUAAUAGCAGUAUUAGCUUACUCUACCCUGAAAUCUGAAUUUAAUACGAUUUUUUAACACCACAAUCGCCAUGUUUGUGUGAUACCAAAAAUAUAUAUCUCUACUAAAAAUGCAUGUUACUCCACCUCACGAAAAUGUGCCCAUUACAAAAAAGAUAUACAAUUGGCUAUUAAAAUGAGCAUAUUUUGUAUCUUUUUCAACCAUAGACUUUCAUUAGCAGCAAACGUAUCUUUGCUGCAGCAUGUUCAGGUUUUAAACAGACGUAUUGCAGUUUAAUGAGGUGCUGGUUCCUUGCCUUUUCUCUGCUAACUUGCAGUCAAUUAAUAUUGGCAGAUACAUUUCUAUCCUGAGAGCAUUGCCUUAUUUAGGCCAAAGGGUAAAAUAGGUAAAAAUUUGUCUAUUAUUAUAAUUUCAAAAGAUUGAUUGAAACUUAAUAUAUUGCAAUAAAAAAAUUCCCGUUUAUGUAAAGUCUGCGGUUAACAUGGGCGCCAAGAGAGUGCACGUUUCGUUCGUACAUUUUGGUAGACACGACUCUGAAAUGAGCCUGUUUUCAUAAUUUGGCAGUUGUGGAUGUUUUUUUAUAGGACGUUUGUCUUAUUUCAAUGGACAUAACGGUGUUCAUAUCUCCCCCCCCCCACACACACACACCUAUAUCUUUUUCUAUAAAAACGGUUGCUGUAUGAUUAGGGUGUCGCUUUGAGGUAGGGUGAUCACCUUUGAUGGAAAUUCCUGGAUAGAGCAUUGCUUACUGGUAGGUCAUGAAUUUCCAAAGUAAUAGACCUGCUGAUCGGAAACAUUGUGAAUAGAAAUGAGUACAGAGUGCCAUAAACUUUGUGCUUCACUACAAAACUUAUGAUAUUUUAUGACUCAUGAUGUCAUAUGUCUUUAUGAUGCGUCUGACAGUGGGUGCUUGUUCUUUACGGAAAGCAGAUAUGUCAUAAAAAAGCAAUAGCUAAAUAUAUUCCACAAAGUAACGCUCGUAGGGUCUAUGUCCCCCUGACGUCUGUUUGACCUGGCUCGUUUAGCUAUUUCUGACUAACACUAACCC